AAAAAAACGAUGCUAACAUAUAUGUUAUUAAAAAAACGUUAAAUGAUCCGGAUAUUUUCUUCGUACCGGAAAUGUUUCUAAAAUUAUAUUGCACCGCCAUUGUCACGUGUGAGAAGUAGCUUUCAGGCUUCACUUACUAAAGAUGGCUGAAACAACAGAAAAUAUGGACACAAGUGAAGAUAUCAGUCAAGACAUUGAUGCAACAAUUAAUGAACUUUCUGAAUUGGUAAAGGAUGAUGCUGUUGUUGGAGAUAAAGAAGAAACCAAACAAGAUGAGAACAUGGAUGAUUCAACUGAGAAGAAAGCUGAAGAGGAUUCCAAAGCAGAAGAGAAGGAAUCUUCCGAUGAGAUGGCUAAAAAGAAGAAGAAAAAGCAAACUGUUGUUGAUAAAUCACAAAGACCACCUUUAGUUAGAGCUGUUCAAGGUGAAGUGAUCAUCAAUAAAUUUAAAAUGAAAGAUGCCAAGAUGAAGGACUUCCUGACUGUUCUCAGCAAAUCUGAUAGCUUUGUCUUCGAGUACAACACUGAGAGCACACAAAGCAGUCAAACCGAGGAAAACAGGAAAUUCAGGAUUGGAAAAAUAAAACUCACCUAUACUGCAAAAAAAGAUUUCAAGGCUCUGUCUAUCAUCAACAUUCUAGCAGACCUGGUAGACUUUGAUCCUGAUAUUGAAAUAACUGCACCAGACUCAAUAAGGAAUGAGUUGGAUGCUGAGCUUUAUGGAAUACGAAGAAGCUUGCUAAAUCAGGCUAAAGAUAAAACUUUGUAUGUAAACGACAUAACAAAUGCUACCUCAGAGGAGUUCUUACGGGCCUUAGUGCCUGAUUGUACCAAAGCUCAUAUUCCUGUAGACUCAGAGGGCAACAAACUUGGUUGGGCAGUGCUGGAGUUUAGAAAUGGCAAGGAGGCAGAUGAUUGCAUGAAAACAGUCAAGGAAAUCGAACUUGGGACUGAUAACAAGGUUGUGAUUAGUCGUGCAGAAUCAUCUGAUCCUGCAGAUGUGGAAAAAGCUAAAGAGCUUCACAAGAACAAGCCCCUAAAAAGGAAAAAGGCUGUCCAGACACCUGCCAAAGACAAAAAGCGACUAUGGAACCAGGGGCCGGGAAUGCUGGGACCUCGUCCCCUGAUUGGAGGCAAUAUGGGUAGAGGAUGGUCACAGGGAGGAGGUGCAUGGGCGGGAGGGAAUAUGCAGGGAAAUUCCAGGCAGAUGAACUAUGACGGAUUUGGCAAUAAGAAUGCAAAAGGAAGUGCCAAUAAGCCUAGACCUAAUACUGCCGGGAACUAUGGAAAGCAGGGGUCAUUUGGUGGUAACCAAGGCUAUGGAAACCGGGGUUAUGGAAACCAAAGUUAUGGAAAACAAGAUUUCAGGAACCGAAGUUUUGGAAACCAAGAUUGGGGUCACCAAGGGUAUGAUCGUCAGGGGAAAUUCCAAGAAAUGCAGGACAGUUAUGGAGGUGGUCGUGGGGAUAUGGAGGAUGAUAACAUGCUGGAUUUCUUACAAUCUGCCAUAAUAGAGAUGAAAAACAAGAAGAGUGCCAAGAUGCAGCCCGGUGGAGAUAGAUGGGGAGGCAGUGGUGGCUACGGCUAUAGCCAGUACGAGGGAUUUGAAGAUACUCCAAAGAGGAGACGAGAUAACUGGAAUGUACCAUCGGACAGAAACUGGGGAUCAGGUGGCAGGAAUAACCAGGGAAACAGGGGGCAACAGCAAGGACUUGGAGUGUGGACUCAGGGGGGAAAUCAGCAAAAUAGAAAUGACAUGGGGCGUAAUACUGGCAAAAACUAUGGUGGUGGAUAUGGAGGAGGACAAUACAGCUCGUACGGGGGACGCUAUUGAGUGCCAUCUAGAAUUCUACAACUACAGGCUGGAAUCCACACAGCUUUUGUUAUUGUGACAAUUCUUUGUCAGCUGAUCAGCAGGAUAAUUAGAUUUGUUGUUGAUGUCGGCCUUUGUGUUAAAUCAAUGUUGUAGUUAAAUAUUUCAUGGGAUGUUUCUUAAUCUGUGUAUCUUUUGAGUAACAAAUUCCUUUGUUAUUAAAAGUGAAAAAGAACUGCAUCUCUAGACAAGUCCUAAGACAUCACAUCCUUUUUUUCUUCAUUUUCAUAUAAAGCGAUUGUAAAUCUUCAUCAUUUGGUGGUAUUCAGUUGAAUAAUAAUGUAAAUAUUCACUCAUUUAAUGUCAGAAAAUGUUGUUUGUGUUUGUAGAUCAAUAAAAUCAUGGCAGAUGUUGUUUUUGUUGUGUCCUAUCACCAUUAUUCAGAUCAUGAAUAAAAUUCAGUGUACAAGA